AAUGGAAGGGAGGCCAUUGGAGGCUGUUGGUGGGAGGGAAACGGGCAGUGGGGCUUCUCUGUUCACUGCCCUGGAGGAGGAAUGCUGGUGGCAGGGCCCUUUUUCGCCGCCUGGUGAGGCUCUGUGCAGGUCUCUUUGGGCGACUGAGCGGAGUAGAGAUUCUGCUGCUGUGUCAAGUGCGACGCAGGAACCUUGCCUCGCAGGAACCUUGCCUUGUUGCUAUAGCAACGAAUUUAGGCCGGCAGCUUGUCCCAUGUCACUGCCAGAGCUGGUGAGGAAACGGCUGAGCUCGUUCAGCCAAACGGUGUUUACUGACAACAACCGCACUGGACCCGAGGACAGAGGCGGUGAUGGCAUUCCUGAUAAUAAAAUAGUCUCCAAUUUACCCUUGCAGAUGUCCCUCUAUUUCAACCUUUGCUUUUUCCCAUUUUGGUGGCUGAGCAGUGUAGUUGUGCUGCAAUUGAAGUAUUCAUUCUUACCAGACUACUACAAAUUCAUCCUGGUGACAGUCAUUAUUUUAUCAACUCUGAUUGAGAUUAUCCGCCUGUACCUGGGGUAUAUGGGCAACCUGCAGGAAAAGGUUCCUGAGUUAGCUGGAUUUUGGCUCCUGAGUCUCCUUUUGCAACUGCCCUUAAUUCUCUUCCUGCUUUUGAAUGAAGGCCUGAAGAUCCAGCCACUGGAGCGAGCCAUCCACAUCAUCUUUGUAAUCUUCCUUGUUUUCCAGGUCAUUACUGCAUUCCUAGCCCUCAAAAGAAUGGUGAAUCAAUUGGCAACUCGCUUCCACCUUCAUGAGUUUGACCGGCUAGAUGAACAGUUACCCUCUGAUCAUCUAGCCUGGAAGCAAAGGAGGAUGGAUGCUCCAUGGGUGGUGAGACCACCUGUGGAAGAAAUUCGUUCAACAAGUGUUGGUUGGGGAUCUGCAGUGAGAGCUUGAUGGGCUGGAAAAGCAGGCAGCCACCUAUUGAUAAAUGUCCCUUGGUUCCUGUUUCCUUGUUUGUGUUUUUGAGAAUCCUUCUCCUGAGUUCAGCUUUUUAGAGAAAACAAGAAGGCACUCUUCCACAAGUAAUCUAUGAAAUGAGAGUCACCUUCUGGUGUGAUGCAAAACAUAACAUUGGACUGUGUAACCUACCUGUACUUUGCCGGCAUGCCUCAUGAACUGAAGAUUAGAUUUCUGUCCAGUCUUGCUCUUGUCUUUUUUUUUUUUAAAUCCAUAUGGGUUUUUCCUCUGCUUUGUGGUAUUUCAGUUUGUAUUCAUCCAUGGUCAUUUUUCGGUUGAGGAAAAAUGUUAUAUCAGCAUCAGAGCUCAGACUUGGUUUUUUCUCGGGAUACCUGGAGUGGGAAUGCCUUUUGUUUUGAAAAAACAAAAUGCUUAAUUUUUAAGCAUGCACACAUGUACAUACUUAAUAUUUCAAUAACUGUUGCAAAGAGAUAUUUUGUAAAAUAAAGAUUUUUGUAAUUAUCUUUUAA